AUGCCCAUCACGCCAGAGAAUGCGGUGCUGUUUCUUCCCAUCCUUUAUCGGUGGCUGCAGAACCAUCUGAAGGAAGAUGUGGAAGAGCCAGAGCAGAGACUUUGCCAUUCCGCCAUCAAGAAGCUGAAGGAGUACAUCCUGUUGAACUUCCCAGUGGAGGAAAGCAAACUUCAGCAUGGUACAAGCCCUGUGGACAUGGAGAUCUGUACUGUUUACCUUACCAAGGAUCCAGGAAAUGUCGAGUCUCUUGGCCUAAGUUUUGGGAAUAUACCUGCUCUAGGGGACUAUGGAGAAAAACGGAGAGUGGGGAAAAAGAGGAAGGGACAUAAAGGCCCAGUGCUUGAUGUUGGAAGCAUCUGGGUUACUGACUUACAGAAAAACAGCCCAGCAGGCAAAUGUGGAAAGGUUCGCCUAAGAGAUGAGAUCCUUUCACUGAAUGGGCAGUUGAUGGUUGGAGUGGAUAUCAGUGGUGCAAGCUACCUUGCUGAUCAGUGCUGGAAUGGCGGCUUCAUCUACCUGAUCAUGUUGCGCCGCAUCAAGCGCAAGGCCCCUCUUCCUCCGUCGAAUGGCAGCAGCAGCAACAGCAACGAAACCAAAGCCAGGCCCGCCUCUGAGCCCAGCGGUAAAGCCUCCCAAAAUGGCAAAAGGACCAGAAAGUUUGGGGUCAUUACCAGGACUCCCUCUGGUGGUAAGGAGGCGAAGGGCAGCAAAGGCAGUCCCAGGGCUGAACGGGAGAAUGGACACUGCACCCUUAUGGAAAUGGAUGGGAUCCCGCCGGAGGUAUCCAAGAUGGAAAGCAAAGUGGAGAAUCAGCUUCAAAGAGCAGACUCUCCUUUUCCAGUAGGACAAUACAGAUCUCGCCUUUCAGACGGAGGAAUUCUAGACCUAAACACGAGCGAAUUGUCCCUGCAGCGAGAAGGCAGCCGGAUAUGGAAGAUGACCAUGGUGAAAGGAAAGGACGGGUUGGGAAUCCAGAUCACCGGCGGUCGAGGGUCAAGGCGCUCUCCACAUGCCAUCAUCAUUGCUCGGGUGGAAGAAGGAGGCUGUGCGUACAGGGAUGGCAGACUGAAGGUGGGGGAUGAACUCCUAAUGAUCAACGGCCAGUCUUUGGUGGGUCUCUCCCAUGAAGAAGCCGUCGUCCUUCUUCGGUCAGCUGAAGGCCUCGUGUACUUGGUAGUUGCAAGCAGGGAUGGGGCAGAAGAGGAUUUUCUCAAUUAUCCAUCUACAAGUUUGCCAGACUUAAUUAGCACCUGCUCUGUUCAAGAUACGACUCCCUGGACUGAGAAUAAAGAGAACGAAGAGCCAGAAGAGGAGGACGUCAAAGGAAAGAACCUCGUUCCCGAAGCCCAGGAAGCUAUGACAGACACAGAUAAGUCUCCGGAUCCUGUUGGAGCAGAGGGGGCCAAAGAAAAUUGUCAAAGUCCGACCCUAGGAGGUGGUAUACUGAAGUACAGAAGCCGAUCUCAAGGGGCAUCUACUCGUUUAGAGUCCGUGGGAGAAUAUGACGAGUUGACCGUGGAAAAUGGAGAUGUGGGUUAUGAAAUAGCCAUGAAAUAUUCCCGGGGAGGGAGAAAACAUUCUCUGCCACAGCAUCUGGACACAGGAACCAGACAGGAGUACCCAAUUGUUAAGAAAUCCACCCGAUCACUGAGUGCAGCUCAAGUAGAAUAUCCCUGGCGCCUGACUCAGCCGUCCAUUAUUUCCAAUAUUGUCCUGAUGAAGGGACAAGGCAAGGGUCUUGGAUUCAGUAUCGUAGGAGGUCAAGACUCUGCUCGGGGACGCAUGGGCAUUUUUGUGAAGACGAUUUUCCCAACUGGAGCUGCCGCCGCGGAUGGCAGACUGAAAGAAGGGGAUGAACUUCUGGAAGUGAAUGGAGAAUCUUUACAAGGGUUGACCCAUCAAGAAGCCAUUCAGACAUUCAAGCAACUCAAGAAAGGUGUGGUGACCCUAACGGUACGAACCAAACUUCGUAGCCCCAGCCUUACCCCGUGUCCCACUCCUACACUGCUGAGUCGGUCUAGCUCCCCAAGUUCCAGUGCCAACGGAGGAGCUCCUUUACCCAGUUCUGAAGAGGUUGAUGUUUCCUCGUCAAGUCGUAAGGGACCAGGACCAAAGGACAGGAUUGUCAUGGAAGUCACCCUCAAUAAAGAACCAGGUGUUGGGCUGGGUAUCGGCGCUUGCUGCCUCACACUAGAGAAUAGCCUGCCGGGUAUAUACAUUCACAGCUUGGCCCCGGGAUCUGUGGCUAAGAUGGAUGGGAGGUUAAGCCGUGGUGAUCAGAUCCUAGAAGCUGAUUCGGUCAGCUUGCGGCAUGCUGCUCUGAGUGAAGCCUAUGCCAUUUUGAGCGAAUGUGGGCCGGGCCCAGUCAGCCUUAUCAUUAGCCGCCAUCCCAACCCAAAGGUUUCCGAACAGGAGAUGGAUGAAGCCAUCGCGCGCACCACUCAGCGAGAAAGCAAGGAUGUCUCAUCCCCUCAACUCGCAGGGAGUCUGCCCAAGAGUCCAUCCCCGAGUGUGAAGUCUAAGCAGACCGAAGCCUCCUCUCCACUGAGCUGGACAAUGAAGCGCUUCUUGGAACCAGUGAGUCGGCAGGGAUCCGUCAAUUCCGAAUCGGAGCUUUCCCAGUACUUCCUGCAGGAUGGCGCGAGCCAGUUGUCACUUUCAGAGACUACAGUAACGGGCUCCAGCGAUGAAGAGCAGUUGCGUCCCAAGAGUGGGAGCAGCUCCCUGGAUGAGAGUUUCCCCUCUCCUGGCCUUCCAACUGCCAAAGAAUCGGGCCUGUGUGAAUCACCCAGUAGCGGAAACUCACCUGGUCCUAUCAGCAAGCACAGGGAGGCUGUGCGGCAUGUUAGUUUCAGCGAUAGCCCCAAGGGUGCCCGUACUGCCUUCCAGAGGCAGAGGAGGAUUGCUUUCUAUGACGGUGAUGCUAGUGAUGAAGACGACUUUGCCAAACAAGACGGCGUUCAGUUUCAGAGAGGACCAAAACCCAAAGGUCAGAAGAAGGCAGAGGGCAGCUGUGAGGUCAUCACUGCCGCCAAUCCAAUAGAAGGUGUUGCUACAAACCAGGAGAAAGUAUUUGCAGCGGAUAUCCAGAAUGCGUCAACUGCGAGUGUCUUUAGGGAUUCAGCAGAGAGUGCCGUGGAGUCCCCUGCCCUUCCAGUCAAAUCACUGGAUUCCUCACUUAUGCCAGAGCAUCACCUGAGCUUGAAGGACUUCCGAGAGGCACAGCUGGAAUCUAAGAGAUCCCCUAAACUGGAGCACAAAGCAGUCACUAGAGUAAAAAGCCUGAUGAGCAUUGAGUACCAUGGGAUCCCAAGGCCGAAAAACGAAGAACACGGUGCUUGCAAUAAGCCCAUUGGGAGGGCGCUUCCAAAUAUCCGGAAGAGUGUGGCCCAGGAGAGUCCCCUUGGGCAGAGCCAUACGGAAGUGGUUACCCUGACUCGGAAUGAAAAUGAGUCCUUUGGCCUGGAUCUGGAAAUCCAUGCCACUCCUUUGCGUGUUAUGAUAACUGGGUUGCGCCCCAGCGGAGCAGCUGAAAGGGCAUCUAUGGGAAGGGUGGCUACUGGAGAUGAGAUCCUUUCUAUCAACGGCAUCCAUGUCCAGGAAUUCUCCUAUGAGGAUGUCUGUCAAUAUGUACGGUGUCUUCCCACGUCUAUCACGCUCGAGGUGCAGAAACCUGUUUCUGCUCUGAACAGGCUUACAAAUCUUGUUGCAUCUUCAGAAGCAGAGGAGAGAGUUCCGCCGGAUCCAACUGAUGUUCUCAUGAUCGAGGAAGAAAUCAGCAUUGCAAAUCACAAAGCACCUUUGCAUAGGGACAAUCCAGAUAAUGUGUCAGGAAGGACAGCACUGCCAUUUGAUGCCAAGACGAAGGACCAACCAACAGAUGCCUUUGAAACCUGCUGUGUCUCAGAUAGCACUGUGAUUCCAGCUGAUACUGAUGACUUCCUUGGCAAAUGCAGUUUCUCAGAAGAAAAAGACUCCAAGUGUUUAUUAAUCGGGACCAGAUGCACCAAGGAAGACUCUUCUGUGCUGGCAGAAGAUUGUUGUGCUAAUUCUCAAAUAGAUCUCAUUAAGAAUGAUGUGCCUGAACGGCCACUGAAUUAUACAAUGGAUGCAAAAGAAAUCUUGGGGUUUUCGGUCCUAGAUUCCAUUAACCCAAGCAAGAUUUUCACUGUGAACCAAACCCGCUUGAGUAACUAUUCCAGGAACUUUAGCCAUUUAAAUGAAGACAUUUUGGCUGGAAUGGAAAGCAAGGACAGCACAGCUUCAAAAUCGAUGUAUGCAGCUGCAGAGGAUUCCAGCUCAGACCCAGAAUCUGUUGUUGAAGCUCCUGGUCUUUCUGGCAGUUCUUCUCACUUACUGUCUGCCCAUGACAAUCCCUUGGAGACGUAUAAUUCUACUGAGUCAGAUGAGGAGCAAAUUGAAAUUUGCUGUUUGAAUAACGAGCGACAACGUUUUCUUCAUCAGCUCCCAUCUUCUACAACAGUAUCUCAUCGUCCGCCAGAAUGCAGUCCUUUGGACCAGGCUUUACAAGCAGAAAGCAUGGAGGAAAUUGGUGCACCGGGAAUAUCUAAUGGGAAACCCUCCUUGGAGGAGCCACAGUCUCCAAGUCACAAUACACAACAUGCAACUCCAUCCACUGCCUUUCAUUCUGCUUCUCAGGUACCUCCUUCAAGCACAGAUAGGUUAGAUCACGCAGUGGAUGACAAUACAGCUUGCUCUUUCCACGAUAAUUUUGCCUUAAAGAAAGGAGAGAAGAUAAUCUUGGAAAGCCUGGAGAGGCUUAUGGAAACGCAUGGGACGUCUAAACACGAUGCUCAAGAAGCACAUUUAUGCAAGGCAAAAAGUGUGAAUGGGUGGGACAGUAAGGUUGUCAACAGAGAUGAGCCUAAUAAAACUCAAAAGUCAAAUACAGAAAAUGAUUUAGGAACAGAUUACGGCAAGCACAAAGGUGGUUAUCAUUCUGUUUUGACAAAAAGGGGAACUGGCAAUUCAGCCCCCUUGAGUAAAUCGGACAACCAUCUUGUAGACUGCGCAUCCCAGAGAACAGGGUGUGGCCCCAAAUCACCCCUCCUGGCAAGAUCGAAAGAUCUGAGUAAGGCCACUGUUCUUCAUGAUUUACCAGGGAAAAGUGAAAAAGCAAAUGCGGUUCCUGUAACGAAAUGUUCAAAUGCAAAAAUUCAAAGUUCUUCUUCCAGUCAGUGCAAAGGCCUUUCAGUCCCAUCCAGUCCGUCAUCUUCCAAAAAAGGGCAUCAUGAAACUCGAGGGACCCCCCAGAGGAGUAUUGCAGAAACUCUUUCAAAUAACACGCAGAACAAACCAGGACCGAAGUUAAAGGGUCUUACUAUAAAAAGUAAAGCCAAGGCAAAUGCAGAUGCCCUUGGAGCCGUCCCAGCAAAAGUUAAUGGCACUGAUCCGAAAAAGACUUCCCUUCCUGUCCAGCUGUCACCCAGGCUUCUUACGAAGAAAGCCACCGCGCUCCGUAAUAUAGCUGCACAUUUGGAACCACAUGUCAGAAGCCUGGCCACAAGCUCCAGGGCUCUUCAGCAGGAGGAGGCAAAUAAAUCCUCUUUAGCAAUACCUCGGGAAUCACCCUCGGCCGUGCGGAAUGGUGACACCACCACAGUGAAGGACAACAAGGAUAAAUCCAUUAACUGUUUGGAACUAAGCGAUGUUGGGAUGGCAGAGGGACAAAUGGGCUUGCCCAUUCCAAUUCAGGUGGCCACAAACAGUAAAAAGAAAGAGGACGUUGAUGUUGAUGACUACCGAACCAGAGAAGGUCCAGCCCAGGUGAACGAACCUUCCAAAAUGACGCUCAAGAGUGAUUGUAUGAGUGACCGGACUGAAAACAAUGGAAUGGGUGCAAAUUUGCCAAAUUCUGAUGGCUGUGAAAUUAGCCCAUUAGGGCCUUACAAUGCUGGGUCUUCAAAAAAAGAAAUUCAACGUACUUUCAUUGAGGUGAGACUGUCAUCCUCCCCCUUCACAUCAACCUCAUUGAUUCCACAGGAGUCUCUGGAGAAGGAAGAGGGUACCAGUAAGAAGAUCUACCAACUGGAGCAUGGAGUGAGGAAUGUCUUUGAGGAAGAAAUUAUACACAGUGCAUUAAAACCUGUGACAAGAACUUACUCAAUGCCUACUCAAUUAUCGAAUCAUUUACGCGAGGAGAGCAGCACCAUGAAUGUACCAGCACAUCAUGUUCAGGAUAUUAUGGGCAAUGCUUCAAGUGAAAAGGAUUCUCAUUUGGAAAUGGGCAUGCUGAAAAUUGUCCAUCUCAAUCUGAUGAAUUGCCGGAGUAUCCAAGAUGGCAAAGAGACACUCAAUAGCAUCUCCAGUCCAAACACUCAGGAAUUGUCCUUGGCCAAUGACAACAGCAGUCGCAUAACAGAUAAAUUAAAAACAUGUCGGAGAAAUUACUACUAUUACGAAUUGAACUGGCCACACGAUCCCGUUUCAUCUUUCUCUGUGAAGCAGAGAAUUAAAUCUUUCGAGAACCUUGCCAAUUUUGAUAGGCCUCUCGUUAAAGCCAUUGACAUACAUUCCACUUCUCUCAGCUCUAAGCUUCCCAUUGGUCGGAGGCUGUCCGGUGGUGUUCCUACAGUUUCGGCUACCGGUGUAAACGACACAGGCCAGGCGCUGAGACGAAGCUUGAGCUCGUACUGCGAAAGUGAAGGAUCGGCAUCUCCGCGGAUGACAAAGUCAUCCACCACCUCAACGUUGACCCAUUUGCAGCAGAAUUCCACUGAGAACAGCAGCAAAGGUGAGGCUUCCUGGGAGGACAGGGCAAGGAGUGGUGCUUUGGGAGGUCCAACUAGCUUACAACCAUCUACCCCCAGCCCCCGAAGAAGCAGGGCCUCAGCGGGGCACAUCAGGCACCCACCCUUAUCCCGUUCCAAGCUCCGGGAGCUCAGGGCCUUGAGUAUGCCAGAUCUCGACAAGCUAUGCAGCGAAGACUUCUCUAUGGAGUCCGACUCUUCUCAUUUCAAAAGCGAGCUAGAAAUCACACCUGCAGCACACUCUCUCGGCCUUCCCAUCGAAAGAGUUUCCAGCCUGAAUGAAUGUGGGGAGCUCUCCAGAUGCGGGGUGACAGACAGACAGCAUUCAAAGGAAAGCAGUCCCUGGACCAGUGGUUCUGGCACUCCCGGGUCAGCGUCUGAUGAGGAAGUACUGCAGCAUGAAGCCUCCAUAAACAAGAUGCACUUGGGGAAGAGCUGGUCGAUCAGCUUGGAUGAACUCUUGGUCUCCACUCUGGAUCAACAGAAACUGCAGUCUGUUUUGUCUUCAGUGACAACAAAAUGUGAUGUUUCUUCUUUACUCCAGGAGGCCAAAGCACAAGCAGAGCACAAAGAAGAUGUUUACUUCGUAGUCUUAAAUAAAGAGGAAGGCUCUGGCCUGGGAUUUAGCGUUGCUGGAGGAGUAGAUCUGGAACAGAAAUCAAUCAUCGUCCAUCGAGUGUUUUCAAAAGGGGUGGCAUUCCAGGAAGGGAUCAUUCAUCGUGGCGACCUCCUCCUUUCUAUCAAUGGCGUUUGUCUUGCGGGGUCGGUGCACGGGGAUGUGCUCAAUGCCCUCCACCAGGCCAGGCUCCACAAAUAUGCCGUCAUCAUCAUCAAGAAGGUCAAAGGCAGAGAAAAGACACCUUCUUCCCACACCGAACUAGCUACUCCUGGCAGACAGACUUUGGUGGCGGAGAAGGAUGCGGCUAUGGAAAGGGGAACAGGUCCAACGGGAGAACUGAAUGAUACCAUUUGUAUUGAACUGUUGAAGACUUCUGCUGGCGUGGGGUUCAGUCUGGACGGAGGAAGAGCUUCUCUUUCUGGAGACAGGCCAUUGCUUAUCAAAAGAAUAUUUAAAGGUGGCGCUGCAGAACAAGCUGGGAAAUUGGAUGCCGGUGAUGAAAUUCUUGCCAUUGGUGGAAAAUCUCUCCUCGGACUCAUGCAUUAUGAUGCCUGGAACAUCAUUAAAUCUGUCCCAGAGGGACCAGUACAAUUACUUAUCAGAAAGCAUCAGCAUCUAGUAUGAUGUGCAGCUAUUGACAAGUUAAACUUACCUUUUGAGAGUGUCCUUCCAAGCUAUGUAUGUCAGAACUGAUAACGUGCUUUUCGGAAGCCUCACGGAGUCAAUGAAUGCCUAUGUCAGAAUGCUCCAAUAGGCAGAGGAAAACCAGAAUGCAACAUAUUGCUGCCCUUUCUUGAUCCCACAAGGACAGGAGACAUCAAAGUGCCACAUAUUUUCCCCAUUGGCUGUAUGGACGUGCAGUCUCUUUUCUACAGACCUGGACACUUCUUGUGUGGGCAUCUGUGUCAGCAAAGUUAUUGGCUGGCUUAAUUCAAGCCAAGCCUCAGCUUGGAAUUUGCUUUCCAUAUAUAAAGGCUCUGCCUGGGAACAUGUGAAAGGAAGAGAGUAUCUUUGAACGUGUGCAGAAUGCGUUUGCCUCAUCACCCAAGCAACCACAACUACCCUUCCACAUCUCUGACAUUGGGGCUAAGGUCAGAGAGUGUAACUGUUAAGCAGAACUUGAGCCUCUCGCCACAUCUCAUUAAUUACUGGCUACAUGUGCAUUUUGUCCUUAUCCCAUAGAUGGUACUUUGUGUAGGUUGCCCGUGUUUGUGUACAUGUACUGUAUACAAAAAGUGAAUGAUGUCUGCUUUCUUCAUGCUGCCAUCAUAGGAUUCAGAUAUCCCCUUUGGAUGGCCCCUGCUCUUUCAUAGCACACCUUAUGCUAUGGACCCCUAGCUCAAUGGUACACAGUAAGUUCUGCAUAUACAAUCCCCCAGGUUCCAUUUUUGGCAUCUUCUGUUACAACAUCUCAAAGGCCAGGGUUGGACGGAUCUCUGCUUGAGACCACGGAAUGCUACUGCCAGUCCCAACAAGACAAUGCAGGCACAGAGGGGUACAAGGCAAGAUCCUCUCUGGGGUCCAUGUUUGGUAGUGAUCGCUCCCCCCUCCUUCCUGUUAUACCGUCGCAGAAUUUCAGUGCCUGAGAUGCGGCAUGAUUUUUAGAGCUGGCAUUUAUUUAUGAGAAAAUUUCAGAGGGUUCCCCUCUCUCAAAACGACUUGUGGCAUAUCUGUCUUUGCAAGUCAGGGGAGGAAACUGUGGCCUAUUUGUGAGGAUGGGGAUUCUCUGGUCUGACCACAGUUUUGAUUUCAGCAGUUCUUAUCAUCUGUUAAAGGCAGGAGAGUAAAAGGAAUCGUCUCAGUGGCUCGGAUCUGAACGGACUCUUCUACCGGUGUGACAGCAUUUCCAGUGGAACAGUACUUCCACUGGGACAUCUUUCUACUUUGCCGCUCCCCAUGCUGUUAAUGACCCCAGGAGCAGAAUUUGGGCGGGGGGAGGGGGAGGAGUCACAUUCUGUAAACGUUGCUUUGCUCAUGGUAUUCUGGAUCCAACUCAUUGUGUUUCUUUGGGUUUUUCCUACUGAGUAGCAUGAAAUUUAUACAUGCUUUUGCACAACUCUGUUAUAUUAGAACUGCAUUUUUUUUUAAAUUGUGAGAUUGAGACCCCUUUUGGAGAACUCUGAGCACUUAAACAAUUGAGUUGAAUCCCCUAGUUAUUAUGCCACUCUAACUGGAUGUCUUUAGGUAGCCCCAAGGGGAGGGGCAUACAGAGAUGUUGGUCUAGGGAGAAAACGUUCUUUCAUACAAUUGGCACUUUCCUACAAGAGCAUCGAAGUACUGUCAGUCACAUUUUUGCCCUGCCCUUUUCUCAGGUAGCUCAGGUUAGCAUGCUUGGUUUUCUUAUCCUCCAUUUUAUCCUCACAACAGCCCUUUGAGAGGUUGGUUAGGCUGAGAGAAAGUGCCAGGCCCAAGCUCACCCAAUGAAUUUCCAGGGCAGAGUGGAGAUUCAAACCUGUGGCUUCUGGGUCCUGUUCUACCACUCUAACCAUGCUAAUUCUCCAAAUGCAGCAAGUGAGUAUUAUAACUUAUGAUCAGUGUUUUCCAACAUGGUGCCUGUAGCUAGUUAACUAGAAAUUAGAUGACCUGGCUUUCAGAAGAAUUGGUGCUCUGGUUGUUUAAUGACAAGGGACAUUUUUCAGAUUUCCUUGUUACACAGAAAGAAUUUCCGUACACUCUGUUCUUUCCAAACCAAAGUUUUCUUAGGGUUGUUUUAACAAAGCUACACACGGUGCAGCGACAGAGUUAAUAGACUGGGUUUGAAUACUGAGGAGAUUCCAAAAGAUGUUAAAAGGCUGCCUCUUUCAACUUUCAAAAGCCAAAGGACUUGAAAUAUUUCUGUACUUGAAAUAUUCUGAGUGGCCAUAUUUCGUGCAGGUUGUAUUCAAAAAAACGGUUCUGCAUCUAUCUCCUUACUGAAUUUGCCAGUAAAGAUGCCAAAUUGUGGCACUUAGAUCUGCCUCGCUGAAUUGAAAAAAUAAAAUCUCUAUGCCAAUAUGUGCCUGCUGCCAUUUGGAGCAGUAGCACAUGUGUGACACACAUUUGCCUCUGAAUCAUACUUAUUGGUCUCCGCUGAAUUGGCUGGCUGUGCCUUUUGAUGUUACAGAUGGGGGUAGAGCUCCUUACUGGUAGCCACCAGCUGUUGUUUGUGACUAGCUGUUCAUGGUUACAGCUGGCUUGGGGUGCGUGUUAGAAAUUCAUGCUCCAAUACAAAAAAAAAAUCCUUUGCACAUAAUACAUUUCAGAGCAUCAAAUGCUCUUAUCGCCAAUCUUUCACACAUAGUCUGAGCACAUGUCUGAUGUGUCAUUUUGACCAAUUGUGUAAGUUAUUGUAGGCACAGGGUAAAGAACCAAGUUAUUUUUUCUAAAGUAGGCCUGGUUGAAAAAUAAACAGGUGACAACACACACCAAGAUCAUCAUUCUUAAUAAAUGGAAGAAAGUACCUUUCCCCCCAUUGCCUUAAACUAAUGUGUCAGUAUCAGGGAUAAAUUCAAAAUUUCAGCUCUAGUAAAUGCUGAUUUUUUAAAAAUAAACCCCACAUUUUUACAAGUAACUCCUGUAUUUACAGUCUAUACCAAGCCAUUACGGCCUUAUCUUAGGUAUACAGAUAUUCCUUUAUGUAUUUAUAAACAUUCAUAAUUUGCCUGCCAAUUGCUUGAAUCCAGCAAUCUAAUCAAGCCUUUAAAUGUUUUCCCCAUUACCAUCUUAAGAGUGAUUGCAGAAAGAAUAUUCUGCCCCUCUUUGUAAGGGAAGAGAAAUUGGAAUGAUCCAGUUUAAGGGAAAGUUUGAAAAUCUUGCACUCGACCCUGGGAACACUGAUUAGCUCCAAUAAAGUAUUAAUUUAUUGAUCCCAGGACUCUGCAUACCACCAAUAGCAUGGCGCUAAAGAAAAAUGUGACUCAUUGUUGAGUAACAACAAUGCUUUUAGGACAGCUUUUGAUCUUUGCGCUCAUCUUCCAGAUUGAAGGCCACAUACUGUGUCUCAAGGAAGUCAAUAGGAACUCAUGAACAACACACCAGCUGCAGUCUACUGUGUCCCACCUUGGGAUUUUUUGACAAGCUCCAAAGGAAGAUACAUAUUUUGUGUGUAGCUCCAUGAUUCAUUGAAUUUACUUUCUUUUCAAUCUUAGGAAAUGCAACCCUUAUGACUAGAGCAUGAAGGCAAAGACCACCACUGAGGUACUUGUAAGUACCUAUCUUUCCCCCUGCAACACGUGUAAAAGCUUGAUGGGACAUGAUCUGGAGGAAGAGUAUUAAAAAAUCUGGUUUCCUCCUUCAAACUGCAGCUACAUUCUGUAAAAACAAGGCCGCUUUAAAGAACACACGUGUAUAGCUUUGCCCAAAGUGUGGUAGAACACUAGGAACCAACAAUUGAAUACACAAAUGUACAGGAUUAACAUUUUAUGAAACCCAAACCAUGUUUUAGGGUUUUUGUGUAUUGUUAGAAUGGUGGCGUCUUCCAAACAUGGUUUAUUCAAGUCCAAUCACCUGUAAAUGCCUUCAUCCUGAAUCAAGACGAAUUUAAAAUAGGGAGAUGCUUUGUGAAAGUACCGUCAUGAGUUUCGUGUACCUAGAAACAGAUGUGCAAUACAAUUUUGUAAACACUUAUUCCAGAAUACAAGCCAAGAAAAUUAGACCAUAUUUUAACUGUUUAUUGACAGCUUUGUGUUUCCCAUCUGCUGUGUCUAUCAAACAGAUUUACAGCAAAAGAGAUUAUUCAGUGGCUUAUCACAUAAUAUUUUAAAGGCAUGGUAAAUAUAACAGCUACUCUGGUAUGUUCAUUUGUUUUGGAUAUCAGUGCUGUGUUGCUCUCUUUAAUUGUUGAACUUCUAUUGCUGAAUUUUGAACUUGGUUAAAUAAUAACUUCUCAUUAAUUUAUGGUGGUUUGUGCCAAAAAAUUGAAAACUGUUAUUGAUUUGAGACCGCUGAGCUUAGAUCAUUUCUUAGAAUCUGUGUGGAGCAACCAUUCCUCAUAAUACAGGGAAUCCAUCUUCUAGGAAAAAAUCACAUGUUUGUGAAAUUGUUUUGUAGCAGUAAAUGAAAAUAAAGAGGUGGGUGGAUAAGAAAACAGAGUUACAAACCUGGAUCACCAAAACUGCAGGUAAGAUAGUAAACCAGGCUGUACUACGUACACUACAGGUGAGAAGAUUACAUGACUGACAAUUUCUUCAUCCAAAAGCAUUACCUGUACAUGGAUGUAGGGAGAAAGAUGGCAUCUCAGCCAUUUCCCUGACAAGCUAGUUUUCUAUGUACAGAGAUAUCCCCCCACCCCUUCCAUUUGGUUACAUGGUCCACCUCUUCAGGUGGUCCCAUCCAGAUACAAGGGUUACCACUUCAACUGCUAUCUGUGUGAACUAGGCCAUCAUUUAGCUACAUUUGUGUGUUAUUUUUAAGUGUGACACACCACUUCUUGUAUGAUACUGUAUAUUGACACCGCUAUUUAUAUAAAUAUAACCUUUGUGUGGAGAACAUUUUAACAAUGCCUUGUUGAUAUAAAAAUGAAGUGCAAUAAUAGGAACUAGAGUGUACAUUGUCCAAAAGUUGCUUUGCCCCGUUUAUGUAAAUCUGCAUCUCUGUAAACCCUCUUUCCCUGUCCCAUUUUUUUAGCGAUUUUUGAAAAUAAACCUGAUGCUUAAUACUACGCUUAGA